AUGGCACCCUCAAGAAUCGAUUCCAGCCCCGAGCCUCAAUUGGAGAGCCAGUCAGGAAAGCCAACUGUAUAUUUGAUCGACGAAUACCAUCCUGAAGCUGUGAAGCACUGCAAGACUCUUUUCAACGUCAUUGGCCCUCAAGACCCAGAGAUCAAGAACUGGAGACAAAAUGCUCGAUACCUCUUGGUGAAAGGAUCUUCUGUCACCGAAGAUGAUAUUGCCCAAACCAAACAUCUUCGAGCAAUCGGCAAACAGGGUGUCGGUAUCGAAAAGAUCGACGCUGCCGCUUGCAAGGCCGCUGGUAUCAAGAUCUUCAACACGCCCGGCAUCAAUGCGACUGCUGUAGCGGAACUUGUCCUUGCCCUCACCAUGAGUGUGGCCCGCGAGAUCCGACCAAUCGCGCUAAGGCAAGAGGCUGGUGGAGCGAUCGCGAAAGCCACGUGUUCUGGUCUUAUCCUCACUGGUCGUAGCAUUGGCUUGAUUGGUAUGGGCAACAUCAGUCGCAGAGUCGCCGAAAUCUUCCGCGGCGCUUUUGGCUCGCACAUCAUCGCAUACGACCCUUUCUUGCCUGAAGACGCUUGGUCAGAUCUGCCUCACGAGCGCGCUACGACUGUUGACCAGGUCCUCUCGGCAGAUGUUAUCUCGAUACAUGUGCCGUUGGUUAAGGAAACAACAAACCUCAUAUCGUAUCCCCAGCUUCAGCGCAUGAAGUCAACAUCAGUCCUCAUCAACGCUGCCAGAGGUGGCAUUGUCAACGAAUCCGAUCUUGCACGCGCACUUCAAGAAGGCUUGAUUUGGGGUGCAGGCCUCGAUUGUCACAUGCAAGAACCCCCAACCAAGGACAUGUACGCUAAGCUCUGGUCGAGUCCGAGAGUCGUCAGUACACCCCACAUUGGAGCAGCCACGGACCAGACGCAGAUGGAGACAGCCAAAGCGGCAGUCGACAACCUGUUCGAGUUUAUCAAGCAGCAAUAG